CUAUUUGAGUAUUCUUCUACAUCAAACCCUCUUUCACUCUUGUUCCCAUUCUCAGUUGAAAAAGAAAAAGAGAAAGAAAAAGCUCACUCUCAUUUUCCUUCAUUUUCUCACCUCCCAAACAAGAUUCCAUUCCUUCCUUCCUCUCCCAACUCCCAAUCGCAGGCACUAUAUGCUUCCAAGCAAGCGAGCUAGUGAAGGAGGAGUGGUUGUAGAAGAAGAGAGGGAUACCACCACCACCACCACCGCCGCCACCACUUCUGCUGCUGCGGCGUCGUUUCACAAGAAGACUCGGAUCGGCUGCUUUUCUACUUGCUCGCGUGAAUCGGCGUUCAACGAGAGCGACCGGAGCUUCAGCAACAGCGGCGGCGGGAACAGCAACGGUAUAGGCAGCAGCGGGAACACGAUUGGAGGUGCGUCGUCGGAGAUGGCUCUGGGUGAUUCCAAUCCGAUGGAGAUUGACGAGGAUCUUCACAGCCGUCAGCUCGCUGUGUACGGCCGCGAGACAAUGAGGAGGCUCUUUGCGUCUAACGUUCUAGUUUCAGGGAUGCGGGGUCUUGGUGUCGAGAUCGCAAAGAAUCUUGUUCUUGCUGGUGUCAAAUCUGUAACCUUGCACGAUGAAGGGACAGUGGAAUUAUGGGAUUUGUCCAGUAAUUUCGUGUUUGCUGAGGAUGAUCUCGGUAAGAACAGGGCAGUGGCUUCUGUCAGUAAGUUGCAGGAACUCAACAAUGCUGUGCUUGUACUAAGCUUGGCAACUGAGCUGACAAAAGAACAACUUUCCAAUUUUCAGGCUGUUGUUUUCACUGAAAUCAGUCUUGAGAAAGCCAUUGAGUUCAAUGAUUACUGCCGUAGUCACCAGCCUUCUAUUGCUUUUAUUAAAACUGAAGUUAGAGGCCUUUUUGGUUCAGUCUUUUGUGAUUUUGGGCCUGAGUUCACUGUUGUUGACGUUGAUGGAGAGGAACCCCAUACUGGUAUAAUUGCAUCUAUCAGCAAUGACAAUCCUGCUCUAGUAUCUUGUGUUGAUGAUGAGAGGCUUGAGUUUCAGGAUGGCGAUCUUGUUGUAUUUUCUGAAGUUCAUGGUAUGAAAGAGUUGAAUGAUGGAAAGCCAAGAAAGAUUAAAAAUGCUAGAGCAUAUUCAUUUACUCUUGAAGAAGACACCACAAAUUAUGGUACCUUUGAAAAAGGUGGCAUUGUGACACAGGUAAAACAACCAAAGGUUUUGAACUUCAAACCACUCAGGGAAGCACUCAGUGAUCCAGGUGAUUUUCUUCUAAGUGAUUUUUCUAAGUUUGAUCGCCCACCUCUCCUGCAUUUAGCAUUCCAGGCUUUGGAUCAGUUCAUUUCUGAGAUAGGUCGCUUCCCUGUUGCUGGUUCUGAGGAUGAUGCACAGAAACUUAUUUCUAUUGCCAGUAAUAUUAAUGGAAACUCAGGUGACGGAAGGUUGGAAGAUGUGAAUCCACAACUUUUACGGCAAUUUGCCUUUGGUGCUAGGGCGGUAUUGAACCCUAUGGCUGCUAUGUUUGGUGGCAUUGUAGGACAAGAGGUCAUGAAGGCUUGCUCAGGAAAAUUUCAUCCACUUUUUCAGUUUUUCUACUUCGACUCCGUGGAAUCGCUUCCUACAGAACCAUUGGAUCCUAAUGAUUUAAAACCAAUAAAUAGUCGUUAUGAUGCACAGAUUUCUGUUUUCGGACAAAAGUUACAGAAGAAAUUAGAGGAUGCUAUAGUGUUCGUUGUUGGAUCUGGUGCAUUGGGAUGUGAGUUUUUAAAGAAUCUUGCCCUAAUGGGAGUUUCUUGUGGUAGCCAGGGGAAGCUGACAAUUACUGAUGAUGAUGUCAUUGAAAAGAGUAACCUGAGCAGGCAGUUCCUCUUCCGUGAUUGGAAUAUAGGCCAGGCUAAGUCUACAGUUGCUGCCUCAGCUGCGGCAGCUAUAAAUCCUCGUCUGAAUAUUGAAGCUCUGCAAAAUCGUGUCGGCCCUGAAACUGAAAAUGUGUUUCAUGAUGCCUUCUGGGAGAAUUUGAAUGUCGUGAUUAAUGCACUAGACAAUGUGAAUGCAAGACUGUAUGUUGAUCAGAGGUGCUUGUAUUUCCAGAAGCCACUUCUUGAAUCUGGAACUCUUGGAGCUAAAUGCAAUACCCAGAUGGUCAUUCCCCACCUAACAGAAAAUUAUGGUGCCUCAAGAGAUCCACCUGAGAAACAGGCACCAAUGUGUACUGUACACUCAUUUCCUCACAACAUUGACCACUGCCUGACAUGGGCUCGAUCAGAGUUUGAGGGUUUGCUUGAGAAAACUCCGGCAGAAGUAAAUGCAUAUUUAUCUAAUCCAAGUGAAUAUACUAAUGGAAUGAAGAAUGCUGGUGAUGCUCAAGCAAGGGAUAACUUGGAUCGUAUUCUGGAGUGCUUGGACAAGGAGAAGUGUGAGACGUUUGAAGAUUGUAUUACUUGGGCUAGGCUGAAGUUUGAAGAUUAUUUUGCUGACCGAGUGAAGCAAUUAACUUACACUUUCCCUGAAGAUGCCAUGACUAGUACUGGAUCUCCUUUCUGGUCUGCACCAAAACGAUUCCCUCGUCCACUGCAGUUCUCAUCCUCUGAUCGUAGUCAUCUCCAGUUUUUGAUGGCAGCUUCUAUACUACGAGCAGAAACAUUUGGCAUCCCUAUCCCUGACUGGGCGAAGAAUCCUACAAAGUUGGCUGAAGUUGUUGACAGAGUGAUAGUACCGGACUUUCAACCUAAGAAAGAUGCAAAAAUAGUGACCGACGAGAAUGCCACCAGUCUCUCUAGUGCUUCUGUGGAUGAUGCAGCUGUUAUCAAUGAUCUAAUCAUCAAGUUAGAGAGCUGCCGAUCAAAUCUGCCAGCAGGGUUCAGGAUGAAACCAAUCCAAUUUGAAAAGGAUGACGAUACAAACUACCAUAUGGAUCUCAUAGCUGGACUUGCCAACAUGAGGGCUCGAAAUUACAGCGUUCCGGAAGUUGACAAGCUCAAGGCCAAGUUUAUUGCUGGACGGAUUAUUCCAGCAAUUGCAACCUCAACUGCCAUGGCCACCGGGCUUGUCUGCCUUGAGCUGUACAAAGCUCUGGCUGGAGGGCACAAAGUCGAAGACUACCGAAACACAUUUGCCAACUUAGCACUGCCUCUCUUUUCCAUGGCUGAGCCAGUUCCACCAAAGAUCAUCAAGCAUCAAGAUAUGAGUUGGACGGUUUGGGACAGAUGGAUCAUAAGAGAGAAUCUCACUCUCAGGGAACUUCUUGACUGGCUGAAGGCAAAAGGUUUGCAUGCUUACAGUAUUUCAUAUGGAAGUUGUCUGCUCUUUAAUAGCAUGUUCCCUCGGCACAAAGAGCGAAUGGACAGAAAAGUUGUUGAUUUGGCCACUGAAGUGGCCAAGGCGGAAAUACCUUCAUACCGUCGUCACUUGGAUGUUGUUGUGGCCUGUGAGGAUGACGAGGAUAACGACAUUGACAUCCCUCAAGUAUCCAUUUAUUUCCGUUAGGUUGUUUUUCAUCCAAUCAGGUGUGUGAAAUUUCUCUUUUAGUAAGACAGAACUUGAGACUUGACUUCACUGUUCCAUAUUCAUAAUGGGUGCAUUCAACCCGAUACUGUUGACCAUAUCUCAGUUGCAUGAAUUGAAAAACAAUUUUCGUUUCCUUGUA